AUGUUGCUUUUGAUUCUGUGGAAUACGUGUCAUCUCUUCUAUGUUUGUAAUCAAUCAGUUCUGUCGUUUCUUUUGGGACAAACCACGAAAGAAAUAAGCGCACGGGCCGGCCCAACUGCUUAUACUUCCACCAAUCUAUUGGAGGACUUAAUACAAGCACCUUGUUGCUGGCUUUCAUCCCCAGAAAGCAGACAUCGGCUUCCCCACAAAAAUCCAAUGUACUCGUCACUUUCUAUCUCUCCAUUCCUAUCGCCUUCUCCUCUCUCACACUCGAAGAACCUCUUCUUCGACUCGGCUGCCUCCGUCCGCUACCUCAGCUUCUCCGCCGCCCAACAGAACCUCGGCUUCACCGCCUCUCUACACUCUGGCCUCCUCAAAUCCGGCUUCCACUCCAACCUCUUCGUCGCCAACUCCCUUCUCGACGCAUACUCCAAAUGUGGCCGCAUGGACAGCGCGUUAAAGCUUUUCGACCGAAUGCCUCUGAGAGACGUCGUAUCCUGGACAGCCGUGAUCUCCGGACACUGCCAUACCGGAGCGGCUGCCGCUGCCAUCCUUGUCUUCUUGAACAUGUUAACGGAGGGAACAGCACCUCCUCCCAAUGAGUUCACUGUUUCUGCUGUCUUACGGGCAUGUGGGAUGCUGAGGGAUGAGAAGAUGGGGAGGAUGGUGCAUGGGCACCUGGUCGCCGCUGGGUUUUCCCAUGAUGCGUUCGUCUCUAAUUCCUUGAUCGAUAUGUAUGGGAAGGUAGGAUCAAUCGUGGAUGCUGAGAAGCUUGUCAGUAGGUUGAGCUGUAGGGAUGUGGUUUCUUGGAGUGCCAUCAUAUCAGGCUCUGUCCUCCAUGGGAUGUUCGACAAGGCACUGAUUCUGUUCACCCGAAUGCUGGAAGAUGGGAUUCUGCCGAACACGGCGACGAUGUUGAGCAUCACCCAGGCCUGCUCGCUAAUGGGGGAACCGAGCCUGUUUGCUUGUGUUCAUGCUUGGCUUGUAAAGUUGGAGCUGCAUGACUGUGUUCCCGUCGUGAAGUCUCUCGUGAUGAUGUACGCAAAAAAUGGAUUUUUGGACGAGGCAAUCGAGGCUUUCCUCCAAUUUGAUUUUCCGGAGUGCCAUGAUCCCGAUCUCAUCGCGGCCCUCAUCCAUGGUUGCGCCCUGUCGGGAUCUUUGGAGCAUGGCAAGGUGAUUCAUGGGUGCUCGAUCAAGAUGGGCUUCUUUCCGUGCACCAUAGUCGAGAACUCCCUCCUUGAUCUGUAUGCAAAGCAUCGGUACGUCGACUCAGCACAUUUGAUCUUCAAAAGAAUGGGGAACAGAGACAUAGUCUCUUGGAACUCCAUGAUCUCAUGUUUUGCGAAGAACGACCGCGUGGAGGAAGCCCUGCAGCACCUCGGUCAAGUUCAUGACGCAAGUGGAGGUGAGCUAAAGCUGGACUUCGUCACGGUACUCAGCUCCGUACAAGCCUGCUCCACCAUAUCCUCGCUGGAGCGAGGACAGAUACUGCAUGGUUUUGUGAUCAAAGCAGGCUUUGAUUCCGAUUCCUUUGUCUGCAAUGCUCUGAUCGACAUGUAUGGGAAGUCGGGAAGGGUUGGUUUGGCGGAACAGUUAUUCCAGGAGAUGGAGGACACAAGAGACGUGGGUUCUUGGAACUCGUUGAUCGCAGCCUACGGGAUCCAUGGUGAUGGUGAUUCGGCCUUACGAGUUUUCGAGGAGCUGAGGUCCGGAGGAAGGCGUAAUCCGAAUGCUGUAUCCUUUGUCAAUGUCAUUUCAGCGUGUGGUCACUCUGGGCUGACAAUGGAAGGCUACGAGUGCUUCAAGAGAAUGCAAAGAGACUACGGCUUCGAGCCGGCCAUGGAGCACUACGCAGCAAUGGUGGAUCUUUUGGGGAGAUCCGGAAAGCUUGGUGAAGCAGAGGAAUUUAUCAGAGCGAUGCCCAUCAAACCUGGUCCAUCCAUUUGGGGGUCUUUACUGGGUGCUUGCAGGCUUCAUGGGAGCGUGGAGAUUGCAGAAAGAGCAGCGGCGGAGCUAUCUGUGAUGGAACCGGAUUGUGGUGUCUGGAGAGUGACACUGUCGAACGUAUAUGCAUCUGCUGGACUAUGGGAAGAAGCUGCAGAGGUGAGAGCUGAGAUGAGAAGGAAGGGAUCAAGAAAAGAGGCAGGCUGGAGCUACGUUGAAUCGAGGGGCAUGGAUAAGUUCAAGUUCGUGGUGGGAGACACAAGGCAUCCUGAAACUGAUACGAUCUAUGAAGUAUGGAGAAGUAUCAAUGAGCAUCUUGCUGAUGCUUUUGUCGAGUCAUUUUGAUGGGGGAUGCCAAGCAGUACCUUACGAGAUUGGUAUGUCUACUCGAUGGUUAAAGAUAAAGAGUACUCAUCACUGCCCGCAAGUUUUCUCUGAACAGCGACGCCGGAUGAGGACGCAGCGACUGCAGUAGGUAGCCCUCCGCAGCACCGAGGCAAUAGCAUGGAUCGCACAGGUGGCUAUUCGGGACUUGAUCCGGCCUCGCUUGGGUACCAGCCUUCUUGUCGCCGCCGAGAGCAGCAACCAUGGCGCUUGCCGCCUUGCUGCUCAUCUGUGUUCGCUGUGGAAGAAGCUGUCGUGGCUGCGCACUUCCCGAGUCUUCCUCUACUGCGGGCUACUUGUCGGAAUCUGGUCGCCUUCUGGGAGACCCACCAAGGUUCGGAUUCAGUUCAAGACGAGCAGAGGUGAUUACUGGAGCACGGCGUCCAUCAAUCCGUAGUUGGAGAAAGAGAUGUGAGAGAGUGAUUUGUGUGUCAGUAAAUACAAUGAUAAAGUCUGCGCAGUAAUGUUGUGAUGAUGAAAUGAUUUGGGCAUACCGAAAGAAAGUGGUGUGUCAGAGUACAGCGGCACCCAACAGCCAUGCACGCCGCCAUUGAUGGAUCUGGUCGUGGAAGCGAUCUUAUCCACUGUUUGCCGCGGUGAAAAAUUACCAAUGGCUCACAAACAGCCAUGGACUUUGGCAGGCUGCUGUGCAGUUCAUGGCGGAUUUGAUCUCGGAGAGCAGGGGGGUUUAGGCUGUGUUCCUUCUGCCCACCUCGAAGGAAGAAGGGCAAGACAGGCAUCCUUCCAGCAAAAGCAUAAAUGAUUCUUGUAAGUGUGGCCUUUUCUCCAAAAACAAAUGCCACGCUUGAUCCUUUGUAUGGACACAUACAUGAACACACACAUUGCAUCUCAGACAUAGCACCAUCGAAAUUGAAGAAAAUAAGGUGUCUUUAGUUACCAACAGAAAUUGAACUGAUAGAUGAAGACAAAGAAAAUACUACAGAACGGCAGCAGUGUCCUCAGAACAUACGCCUAGAUAUAUGCUUCUGGAAUGCCAUUUAUGUGAAGCCCUCUAGUUGUAAGCUUUGACAGUAAUUAGUGGCUACUGAAUCAGUGAUUUGACUGCUGGUACUACCGUCUUACUACAAACAACUAGACAUGAAGCGAUGCUUGCGACAUAAUCUUGUUAGAGAGGCAUUACUUUCAUGUCGGAGUUAUGCCUGUUCUCGUUUACAGAGUGUGACCAACUGAUGAAAGAUGGAUACGCAGAUUGAACAUGCUGAGUAGAGUUGUCGCAGGUGCCACCGUUUUGAUUUGUUGGGCUACCACGGUCGUCAGAAGAUUCACUUGACGUGCGUUCAGUGGGUGGGCUGACUGUUAGAGUUGCUCCAAAGCUGGCCAUCUGCGGUGGAGCUGAUGAAGGUUCCCACCUCAAUGGCUCAGGGUGUGGCUUUUUCUUUUCGGUGAUAAAGCUUGCCACCACAACCUGCAAUUUGAACGGAACUCCACUAUGUCAGAAAAUUGAUCUAAAAAGGACAGUGAUUGGAUGCAUCAAAGAGGUUUGAUUUAGACCUGCACAGGUGUUGCUGCCACAAGCAUUCCGGCAACCCCACCACCAAGAAUUCGGCCAUCAGAUCCUGCAAUUGCGACACUCAAUCCACCGCUUCUACUACGAGUGCUACCCUCUUCUGUGAGCAGGAAGGAACCUGAAAGAGAGAUGAUAUCAAAGCGUCCCUGCAUGAAAAAUUCUCGUAACUGUUAUAUGCUAUGGCAACAAAUGGAGAGCAAGGUAUGUGGACAAGAUACAGAGAGUUUGAUCUUUAAUCCUUUUAAUAUGAUACUCACAAGUAGGGUGGAUCUUUAUGUAGUAAUUGAAAAUAUUACAUAACUAAAGCAUCACUUUCAUGACCCAAAUGAUGAUAAGGAUGCUAUAUA